CGCUUGGUGGAGGCGAGAGGGAGGCAGAGUAGGGCGACGGCGGGGAAAGGGAGGACUGCCGGCGGGGAGCCACCGAGGGAAACAGGGAUGUACAGUAAACACAGGCAGAAAAAUGCCCAAAUAUCACCGGCAAAAAAUGGACGUUUGCUGUUUUUGCUUUUUCUUCUGCUGAACGGCCAACUGGAAAGAGCCAGUGGAGAGACAGGAGAACAAGGGCUGCCCGCGGGAAGGACGGUGACAGCACAGUGGGUUUCUCAAGGUCGAAGCAGGAGGGCGGCACAGAACAAGACACAGGACCAGUAUCCAGCCAGAGGGGAAAUCGUGCUCUCAUCCAGUGACCUCCAGCUGGUGCUACAAGUACAACUUAAUCAUGAGCUUUUGGGCCCAGAGUUUACAGAGACAUACUACAACAAAGAUGGACAGCCUGUGACAGUGACCAAUCACAAUUACACCAAUCACUGCUUCUACCACGGCCAUGUCAGAGGACAUCCAGAAUCCUGGGUGGCUCUCAGCACCUGUUCAGGAGUCAGGGGCCUGAUUUCAUUCAGCUCUAGUGACAUCUACUACCUGGAGCCAAUUAACGGUGUGAAUUCUUCCCACCAUUCACUGUUGAGUGCCAAGGAACUGCAAAUUCAAGGUGGAAGCUGUGGCCAUGGCCAUCACACCGCACAAACCAGCCUCAUCUCAGACCUGGUGGUACCGCUUCACUCAAGGGUUAAGAGAAAUACCUUGGGUACGACUAAGUACAUGGAGCUUUACAUCGUGGCAGACAGCACACUGUUCAAACGACAGGACAGGAACUAUGAAAAGACCAAGGCAAGGAUAAUGGAAAUUGCCAAUUAUGUGGAUAAGUUCUACAGGGCUCUAAACAUCCGUGUGCCUCUCAUUGGCCUGGAGGUUUGGACUGACAGAGAUCAGUGUAUCAUCUCAGAAGAACCAAACGCCACCCUCUGGUCUUUCCUCCAGUGGAGGCAGAAGCUCAAAUCUCGUAAAAAGCACGACAACGCCCAGCUGCUGACGUAAGAAACACAAAGUUACUCCCCAGCUUCAGCAGCCUUGAAACAAGGGAGAACAUGAUGGAGCCCUUGCUAAAAAUACACACAUACUGUUACUGAAGUUGAUCUAACGAGGAAGACAAAUCUAAUCUCACUCUAGCAAAUCUAAUGUUAAUUUGCUCCAAAUUUAAAUGAAAAUUACUUGAUUUUCUUUACUCACAGAUUAACUGAUUGUGUCAGUUAUUUAAAGGUUUUAACUGCAAAGCUCAAUUUUCUACUUUUAAAAACUCUUUCACUUCAUGAGCAAAUUGUGAGAAUUUGGUUUUGCUGUGUGUUAAUUUAGUUUCUUGUCUGCCCCAAUUGCUCCCAGCUGUGUCUCGUGUUCCCCGAUUCCCCUUAAGUGUGUUUAAUCCCACCUGUAUCUGUGUUUCCCCUUCAGAUUCUUAUCUUAGCUGUCUUACGUCGUGUUGUGUUAAGUUUUCCAGUGCUACCAGUGUCUGAGUUUCUAGCUUCAGUGCUCACAUGUUCUGCCUGGACUUUUGUACUAUCUGGCUAUCUUUGUUAAUCAUCAUACUCAGUUGCUGCUUCUAUGUGGCACCCAAGUGGUAGUAUUGAUCUAAGUAAACCUGAAGCAGAAUAGGACAGCAAUGCCACCUAGUUAACCUAGGAAUAAAACCAAAGUAAUAUCAGGUGUGAGCAGGGCUUUAAAAAUGAGCCAGGUAAAGUUGACAAUGUUACAAACAAGGCACUAAAAAUGCAGGGACAAUGUCACAGAGUCAAUAACAAAACAGAGUAAUAGCUAAGGUGUGGGGGGGAGGGGCAUGCAGGGGGGCAUGAUCCUCUCGCCAGCGCUCAAUCCUCCGCAGCCACCAGCAGGAUAAACCCCAGCAAUGAUCCAGCCGCUUUGUCCUCUACAGCGACCGCCAGUCCUGUCGACCUGCCAAUCAGCUCGUUCCAACUUGUUCUACCUUUGUUCCAACUGCUGCCCCCUGCGCCCUUGAUCUGUCCGGCCCCUCUCUCCUUCUCAAUGCUCAGAUACCCUUUUUAUUCCUCCGAUUUCCUUGAUGGUACGCUGCCCAACUAAUAGGGAACACCUGUGCCAGCCAAAGUGGGCGUCUCCGGCAGGCUGUGGGUGGUAACGCCAGCCUCAAAGGCAAAACACAAAAAGUCAAGGAAAACAUGCAACACAGCAAACCAAAAAUAAACCCAAAAUAAAUAUAACAGCAAAUGUGAGUAACUUCAAAAUAUCACAGCAAA